AUAAACAAUGAGCAAUUAGCGUUAUAAUUUGUUGUGAUUUUUUUUAGCAGUUUAAAAACCAUAGCUUUAACAAUUAUCGAACGCGGGGUGUCGCCCAUUUGGCUGAACCUUGCCCCCACAGCCCAGAGUGGGCUGGAAGCUUCCACAAGCCGGAAGAACCCAAGCAGCAGAGGAGGUGAUGGAGAUAGACUGUCAACCUGAGGAGUCCAUCGUCUCCUCAUUUGACGACGACAGUGUUGAGCUCGGUGACGUCAAGGACAUGAGAUUGGAGGCAGAAGCAGUCGUCAAUGAUGUACUGUUUGCCGUCACUGAAAUGCAUGUGUCACAAAGUCUGACCCGUGCAUCGGAUGUGGCCUUUAUAAAUGUGGAAACAAGAGAGGGGAACCGAUACUGUCUGGAGCUCACAGAGGCGGGGCUGAGGGUGGUGGGCUAUGACUUCAAUCAAGUGGACGAGGAUUUGAACAACCAGUAUCAUGAGACCGUUUACUCGCUUUUGGACACACUCAGUCCGGGUUACAGGGAAGCCUUUGGGAAUGCUUUGCUUCAGCGACUGGAGAGGCUGAAGCAAAGUGGACGAUAAAACACAACCAACCCAAAUUCGGCUUUUUUGAAAAUUACUUUAUUUUAUUCAUUGUAAAAGACGACCUUUGGGGAGAACAAAGUACUAAAUGUGGGGGAAAAAGUGUCAAACGGGCAGAAGCUGUGGGUUUGUAUUUGGAUAUGAGCCAAUAACCAAGUCUAGUCAAAUCUUAUGCGACACUCACCUGUCUAGUUUCCUCUACAAUGGAGCACCCUGUCCUAUCAGUGUUGCUUUGUUGAGUUUCAUACCAUUGAAUGACUGUUUGAUACGCAAUGUCAGUGACUGCUGGGGAUUGACUGUAUGGUUGCAACAUCGUGAUGUUGACUUAAAACUGUGGAAAGAUCUUGCAGCUUCCAUGUGUUACAGAUUUGUAUCUGCACACCAUUUACAUAUCUGCACAAUUUAUACUCAAAUGAGAGAAAGCAGCAGCUAGCAUUUUCCCCUUAUGCCCUGCUUGCACUCAAGCUGCGACCUGGUGUCUGAUCUCUGCUCAGACCUACUCAAAUAGUUCUCAUUUCAGGUGUCUCAGUGAAAGAGCCAAAGCUAUAUUCUUUGUUACUCACACUGCCUUAAUGAUUAACUUUUGGUAUCAAUUACAGAAAUAUUUUUUUCAGGAGACGGGGUUGUCAUUCACGUAAGUAGGUCAAACAAUGACAAUCUGUUUCGAACGUUCUGGUUAUUUGAAGUAUUCAGAAUUAGAGUUCUUUUCAUUGCAUCUGAAGCUUACGUACUUUUCAAACAUUUGCUGUAAAAUUAAAGCUACCCUUGUGAAAGUAUAA